GAAAAAAAAAAAGUGUGACCAUUUCAAAGCGAGGUUUUCGCAAACCCAGACCCAAUCUCUCUUGCGAAAGAGUAGAGAGAGAAGGAAGACGAUGGGUACGAUGCUACAAACCAUUCUGACUGUGCUUCUUCUCCUUAUGCUUCUUCUCAUCAUCAUCUUCCUCUUCUUUCUGUUCAAACCAUGGCGCUUCUUUUUCUCUCAGCGUUUCCUUUCUUCUAUAAAGGGCGAGCUGGAGCGCCCCCUUGUUACCGACGAAGAGGAUGCAAAUGCGUCGCCGUUGAAUCAGAUCAAUGAAUUGCCUCGAGAUUAUGAUCUCGAGGGUGCAUGUUAUCCCACUGAAGCUCAUUUUCGCUCUCCUCGGACCCAUGGCCAAGGGCUUGUUCAUAAGCAAAGGGUUCAAAACCUUUCUGUUCCACCUACUAUACACCUGGGUGGUGAUGCUUUGGUCGUGGAUGUGAUCUCUGAUCCUUCCUCUGACGAUGUUGAUCUUGGUCAAACCCUUAGGCUUUCCACAGCUCAAUUAGCACAGUUUCAAAAGCAGGGCACUCCUAAUUUUCGAAAUGAUAGACUACAGGACUUAGUGCAAUGGAAUAUCUCCGAUCAAAGAAGUUGUCUCACUCUGGAGGUUAUCAGUGGCCCUUCUCGAGGACUUCUUUGUUCUGUACAGUCGAUCAAUUCAUCUCGUCUACCGCUAACCUUGGGAAGAGUCUCUCCGAGUGAUUUGUUGAUAAAAGAUUCAGAAGUGUCAGGAAAGCACGCUAUGAUAAAGUGGAAUUUGGAUAAAAUGAAAUGGGAGUUGGUUGACAUGGGUAGUCUGAAUGGAACACUAUUGAACUCUAAGCCAAUCAACCACCCAGACACUGAAAGUAGGAAUUGGGGAAAUCCAAUGAGUCUAGCUAAUGGAGAUAUCAUAACACUUGGGACAACAUCAAAAGUAAUGGUCCAUAUUACAUCCCAAACUCAGCAUCACAUUCCCUUUGGAGUUGGCAUGGCAUCAGAUCCAAUGGCUAUGCGUAGAGGAGGAAAAAGGUUUCCCAUGGAAGAUGUUUGCUAUUAUCAAUGGCCUCUACCUGGGCUGAAUCAGUUUGGACUUUUUGGCGUUUGUGAUGGUCAUGGUGGAGAUGGAGCCGCCAAAUCUGCUAGCAAACUUUUUCCUGAGGUAAUUGCUAGUAUAUUAUCGGAUUCAUCAAGGAGGGAGAGAGUUUUGUCACACGGUGAUGCUUCAGAUAUUCUUCGAGAUGCAUUUUCUCAAACGGAAGCUCAUAUGAAUCACCAUUAUGAGGGAUGUACAGCAACAGUGCUUCUGGUGUGGACUGAUGGUGAAGAAAAUUUCUUUGCACAAUGUGCUAAUGUGGGGGACUCCACCUGUAUUAUGAGUUUGAAUGGGAAACAAAUCAAGAUGACAGAAGAUCACAAGAUAACGAAUUAUUCAGAAAGACUCAGAAUCGAAGAGACAGGCGAACCCUUAAAAGAAGGGGAAACACGUCUAUAUGGUAUAAAUCUGGCAAGAAUGCUUGGGGACAAAUUCCUGAAACAGCAGGAUACCCGGUUCAGUUCAGAACCUUACAUAAGUGAAGUUGUGCACAUUGAUCAAGCAAGCAAAGCUUUUGCUAUUCUAGCUAGUGAUGGGCUGUGGGAUGUCAUCAGCGUGAAGAAGGCAAUUCAGCUUGUGUUGCAGAUGAAGGAGAAAUGCUAUUCAGAGAGAGAGAAUAUAGCAGAAAAAGCUGCAAGCUUGUUGUUGAAUGAGGCUAAAACGCUCAGAACAAAGGAUAAUACGUGUGUAAUUUUCUUAGAUUUUGAUAUCUUCAACAAAUUCUCUUGUAAAGUUGAAUCCUAGUAUGAAUUAGGAAUAGUGUUACAGGAAUAUUAAUACAUAUUUUUGUUCUCUCCAA